GGAGGAGCGAGUGUCAGUGGCUCACUAGAUCCUGUGUCGUGAGGAGGGAAGACGCUGAAGGAGAGACGCUAGAAACGGCGAUAAACAAGGAGAAAGAUACAGAUAAUAAGAAAAAGGGAGAAAAAAGACAGAAAGAAGUAAAGGCGAAAGACAAGUGUUUGUGAGAAGAAGUGUAAGAUAAACCAGGAGGUAAAGGACUUCAUUCACCUGUGGAAAUUACGUUAAUCAGGGUUGAGAUCUCCCUGACGAUGCCAGCGGGGACUUCGACGCGGAGGAAGGCCAUGAUCCUCCUGACGGCGGCGCUCGGCCUGGCGCUGCUGUCCCUCCCAGGCUCGGCCAAGGGCGCAGCCAUGCUCUCCCGGCACAGAAGGCAAGGUAACGACAACGAGACCAUCACCUUCCAGUUGGGGACCGAAGACCCGUCCGCCUGCACGACGCCGCUCGGACAGAAUGGGAAAUGCAGACCGUUAGUCAGCUGUUCUAUCCUCUAUGAUCAGCUGAGGAACAAUCCGCCAAUUGAAUUUAUCAAUAUUUUGAGACAGAGCAUUUGCCGCUUCGAGAAGUCCACGCCCAUCGUCUGCUGCCCGGAUACCGCGCCUGUCGUGUCCACCGAGGCGCCGGUCAUCACCACGAAACCGGUCACGACUCCCAGUACGACUCCCAGUACGACUCCCAGUACGACUCCUAGCACCACCCCUAGCACCACGCCCAGUACGACACCCAGUACGACUCCUAGCACUACUCCUAGCACUACCCCUAGCACCACGCCUAGUACUACUCCUAGCACAACGCCUAGUACCGAACCAACCACUGCGCAACCCACAACGCCCCCAGUCCCCACCGAAAAGGAUCUCCUUCCCGAGGAAUGUGGCAGACCCGACUUUAUCCUCAGGAUCGUGCAAGGCAAGAGGGCCGCUGAAGGCGAGUUCCCGUGGAUGGCUGUUCUGGGUUACGAGGACGGAAGGGGCCAAAUAAGCUUCCUCUGCGGUGGAGCUCUCAUCACCAACCAACACGUGGUGACGGCGGCUCACUGCAUUCACGAUCGAAGUGAUCUGGCGGUCGUGCGUCUGGGCGAACACGAUCUCGACAGAGAAGACGAGGUGGACCACAUGGACUUCAAGAUCGCCGAGAAGAUUGUUCACGAGGAAUUCAACACCGUGUCCUUCGCGAACGACAUCGCCGUCCUUAAACUCGAAAAGCCGGUCACCUUUGGCAAGUACGUGAGCCCUGUCUGCAUGCCUUUGAUCGACGAACUUCUCCAGGUAAAUCUGAAGGUCAACGACGGCAUCAUCGCUGGCUGGGGUUCAGUCUCGUUCAAUAACGUGUCAUCAUCUAUGCUCCUGAAGGCAAGAGUGCCGCUUGUAGAGGAGGCUACAUGUCGCAAGAAAUAUGAAGUAUUCCGACAAGUUGUCAUUGACAGCACAACCCUCUGCGCUGGCAAUGGUACCACGGACGCAUGCCAGGGCGAUUCCGGCGGCCCCAUGAUCAUCUACCGAAACAACCGGGCCUAUCUCGUCGGCGUGGUGUCCUUCGGAUUCAGAUGUUCGGAGCCAGACUUCCCCGGGGUGUACACACGAGUCACCGAGUAUAACGACUGGGUCAUCUCCAAGCUGCAGGGCAGAGCACGGAGGGAGGCUCCUCUGUUUAUUGAAUGAGACGGCUAGGGAAGUGGCAGAGUCUCCUGUGCGAUUUCUUUCCUUUUUCUAAUUAGGUUACUACAGUGUACCACCCAUGUUUUCUUCAUUCGUUCGUUGUUGCGCGUUUCUGGUGGAAACAAGCAGUUGCGAUCAAACGCUGUAAUCUGGCAGAAAGUGCAGCAAAAUACUGCUGAUUGACUGAACUAUUUGCCUUGAUCAAUCAGCGCCGUACACGUGACGGAUAUGGACUGGCAGACUUUAUUCUCCCUUUAAAAAUUGACCGUUAAAUUCGCGAUUGUUGCAUCAUUAAACUUAUUGUUCAUUUCGUAUUUAUGAUUGAAUUUUGUAUAUGUUAUUUAUCGGAGAGGCCAGUCUGCUUCCGUUAUAUUCUGCAUCCACUAUUCAUGGCAUUUUGAUAUUACAUAGAUAUUUAUACUGUUAGGCGUAUUAUACAAUGGGAUGAGAUAGAAUGCAUAUUUAUGAAAAUAUCAGCCAAUAGUUUCGCUUCAGUAAAGGACAGAUUUGAAAAUACUGAGCAAUUCCCACUUAACUUUGUCAUUACAAAAAGGAAAUUUCGUAAAUAAGCGUUUCGGGCCAAAGACGCCUUAAAUUAUGUAUUAUACGUUAGUCACCAAAGUUUAGCUGCUUCGAUGUUGCUCCGUUUUGUCACUGGGAGGUUCAAGUGAAAACACGCGGAUUCAACCAAGAUUAGCACGUUAUAUUAAGGUCGAGAGAAUGGCCAACUCGGGUAACAAACACUUAUUCAAUCGUCAAUCUUUUGUGUUUUUUUUUAAGAAAACAACACAAUUCAGGAUAGGUAAUGUUCUUAAGAAUAUGUGAUCGAAACUCGAUGUGGUAAUCUUUUGUUUGUUGAAAAGGUAUUUUCAUGAUUGGAUAUUAUUCUGUUUCACUGUGAUAAUCCUGCUGAUAUUAUCAUAUCACUGAAUAAAGGAUGGAUAAAAA